CCGCCGCCGCCGCCGCCGCGCGGAAAGAAGAAGCCGCGGAAAAGAGACGGAAAGAGGCCGCGGCGAGCGCGGCGAAGUUCGCGUCGCCGUGGGGCGCCGCCGCGACGACCAGGAAGAUGCCGACGUGGAAGGUCCAGACCCCGAUCGAGGUCAUCGACGACAACUCCAUCGACCCCGCGCGCGGGCUUCCGAAAAAGUCGAAAUCCAAGUACCACGUCGCCAACGCGAAGCGCCGCCGCGGCGACGGCGCGGUGGAAGACGAAACGUCAACCGGCGCGGGCUACGGCGGGUCAUUCUUCGUGCCGGGGUCCCCGGGGAAGGGUCGCGGCGGCGUCGGCGGGAGCCGCGCCGCCGGGGCUGGGGAUCACUUUGGAUACUCCCCGCCGACGUCGCCCGCGCGCGCGGGCGCGGGGCCCUCGGGCCACCUCAGCGACGACGAGGCGUCGCCAUCGAAAGGCGGGACCCGGAGGUGGAGCGGCGUCGAUCGGUUCGACGAGAACGGCGGAGUCGGCUCGUGGGGCGAUCACCCGGAGUCGAUCCGAACGUGGUCCGCGUCCGGCCGCGGCGCCGCCGACGGGUUCGGGUUCGGGAAGCCGCCGUCGCGCGGGAGGGACGCGGAACGUCAACCGUCGCAAGCCACCGCCGCGCCGACGCCGACGCUGACGCGGUCGCAGUCCGUCGGCGCGUUCAUGGUGGACGACGCGAAGCCGGGGCGGAGAGCAUCGGACGACGGCGCGAUUCGAGACGGCGGCGGCGGCGGCGGCGCGGGCGCGGGCGCGGGGGACGCGCCGAUUCGCGCGCCGACGCCGACGCACGCGCGGAGUUCGAGCAUAGGGAGCGAGUAUCCCGCGAUGUGGGACGUGUUCGGCGUGCGGCCGAGGAGCCCGGGGUUCGGGAUCAGCGCGAACGGCGGCGGGAAGGACGGGAAGUGAUGAGACGCGGCUGGCGACGCGAGUCAGUGAUACAUUAUUAUCCGGGCCGCGGCCGUUCCGGCGUUUCGU